AUGUAUGUAUGUGAGUGUGCGUGUAUUUCCUUUGUUUUUUUUUGUUUUCACCCUCUUUCACAUCCCACUUUCUUUUUUUUUUUUCUUUUUUUUUUACAUUUUAUUUUGAAGUUCUGUCGUUUGUUCCCCUUUUCACUACAAGGCAAUACGAGGGGAAGUUUGUCACAACACGGGCCGAAGUACACGUGCGUCUCUCGUUUACGCUUGCGUGCAUACACUCCGCUGGGAUUGGGGGAAUUGAGAAUGGCGUGUGUGCAUGUACUCGUCGGGCAGUGUGGAAACCAACUUGGAACCCAAUUUCUAGACAAUCUCGUUGCUGAGGCAUACACGAGCGAUGAGGAUGAUGGGUUUGCCGCGCAAGUGUCCUCUCUUCACUUCCGACCAUCUCCAGUGUUGCGUGGUAGAGAGUUUAGUCACGGUGCCACAAUGCCUCCGUUACCGCGUUGUGUGAUGAUUGACAUGGAGCCCAAAGUGAUUGAGGGGAUCCUCAAAAACACCAAAAAUGGAGGAGCAUACCGGCCGCAUGUGCGACAGUGCAUUACUCGCGAUGAAGGGAGCGCCAAUAAUUGGGCCUGCGGUUACUUCCAACAGGGCAGCAGCAGGAAAGAAGAGAUUCUCGACUCACUUCGCCGCGAGAGCGAGUCAUCGGGAACCGUGGGCACAUUUCAUGUUGUGCACAGCAUUGCCGGUGGGACAGGAUCUGGGGUUGGUUGUUUGGUCGCAGAGGCCAUACGGGAGGAGUUUCCCUGUGCGUUGCUUUUGCAUUCUGUUGUUUGGCCCUUUUCUACAGGUGAGGUGGUGACGCAGUGGUAUAACUGCGUCAUGGCAAUGAGUGCCCUCAGAGACACCGCCGACGCCGUUUUCAUGGCGCACAACGAUGACUUUGGUGAUGCCGCCUUUGCAAAUAAAAAAGUCCUCAGUGGUGUUUUCCGUGGCGAGGUCUCGUUUGCACGUAUAAAUGACGAAAUAAGUCGUCUGCUGGUGGACAUGCAUCUCCCGCAGAAUAUAUACCGCGUGACACGACGCCCAACGACAGCAUCGACAGCAACAAGUAGUAUGAAUCGCAAUCGCUUUAUGCGUCCACAAGCGCUACAAGAGGCCGAAGAAGUUUGUUCUCACACCUCUAUUGCGGGAAUGCUGCGACGCGGCAGGGUAGCGGAUCUCGUAGAGUCUGUCGCUCUCGAUCCAGCACUGAAGUUCUUCUCCGGUGUCUCUCUCCCCAAUGAUGCGGCUAUUCCCUCCAGAGGAGGAGGAGGAGGCGAAAACGGCGACGGCGUUGGGGUGAAUGACAAUUCAGUAUCGUGGGGGAGUGUUAUGCGCCAUGCGGCUCGAAAAUCCGCGGAACUCUUUCCGCCAUUUGCCGGCCGCUGCGCCGGUGGUGUGCUGCAGCAGCGACCGUUUAUUUGGAGCCUGCGUGGUUCUGCUGCCUGUAGCGAAGGGCUUACUGCGCUGCAAGAAGUGACUUCUUCCUCUUCUUAUGCCGGUAUCGCUCUUUUACAUGAGAAACGUUAUCGUGGAUACGCGGCACACGUGUCGCUUUUUGGCCCCACCUUCAAAAUUGGGGUGCGAUUGUCAAAAGCGCUGGAGCGAACCGAGCAGCUGUUGUCUGUCCGGGCCUUUACUCAUCAUUUUAGCCGCUACGGUGUUGGGGUGGAUGAUGUGCGGGAUGCUGUCGUGCGGCUGUGGGACACUGCGACAAUAUACACAUCCACAUAG